AUGAAAGCUAAGAGUGGCCUCUUUGCAGGGUCUCUUAACAGCAAUGAACUUGUUAUCAUCCAAGAACACAAUGAGCCUAAGACAGUGAAAAACUUGGAUGGUCAAGUAUGUGAGAUAUGUGGCGAUUCUGUAGGACUUACAGUAGAUGGAGAUUUGUUUGUAGCUUGUGAAGAGUGUGGCUUCCCUGUCUGCAGGCCAUGUUAUGAGUAUGAAAGAAGAGAAGGCACACAAGUUUGCCCUCAAUGCCAUACACGAUACAAGCGAAUCAAAGGUAGUCCAAGAGUGGUGGGAGAUGAAGAUGAAGAAGACGUGGAUGAUAUUGAACAAGAAUUUAAAAUGGAAGAGGAAAAGUACAAGCUUAUGCAUGAAGAGGAUAUUAAUAGUAGAGAUGAUGAUGAUGAGAAUACUAAAUAUCGGGAGCUUCCCGGUGGUGCAAAAUUAGAUAGGAAGGAGAAAACAGAUGAGUGGAAGUCGCAGCAAGGCAAUCUGUUGAUUGAAACUGAUGCAGUUGAUCCUGAAAAGGCCAUGAAAGAUGAAACUAGACAACCACUUUCAAGAAAAGUGGCAAUACCUUCAGGAAAACUGAGUCCUUAUAGGAUGAUGGUUGUGGCUAGGCUCAUCCUUCUAAUACUCUUUUUUGAGUACAGAAUGUUCCAUCCAGUACCUGAAGCAAUUGAACUAUGGUUCAUAUCAGUAUCAUGUGAAAUCUGGCUUGCAUUGUCAUGGAUGGUUGAUCAGAUUCCUAAAUGGUUCCCUAUUGAUCGCGAAACAUAUCUCGACCGCCUUUCAGUAAGGUUUGAGCCGGAAAACAAGCCGAAUAUGCUUUCUCCGAUAGAUAUCUUUGUGACAACGGUAGAUCCGAUUAAGGAACCACCUCUUGUUACAGCAAAUACUAUUCUUUCAAUUUUGGCACUAGAUUAUCCUGCGCGCAAAAUCUCAUGCUAUGUUUCUGAUGACGGGGCUUCCAUGCUCACCUUUGAAGCUCUUCAAGAAACGGCUGAAUUUGCGCAAAAAUGGGUACCUUUCUGUAAACAAUAUUCUGUGGAACCUCGAGCUCCCGAGAAGUACUUCUCUGAGAAGAUAGACUUUUUGAAGGAUAAGGUUCAAACCUCGUAUGUAAAAGAACGCCGAACUAUGAAGAGAGAAUAUGAAGAAUUUAAGGUGAGAAUAAAUGCACUUGUGGCUAAAUCCAUGAGAGUUCCGUCCGAAGGGUGGAGUAUGAAAGACGAAACACCGUGGCCAGGAAACAAUACAAAAGAUCAUCCAAGUAUGAUUCAAAUCCUUCUUGGUCAUAAUGGAGGAGACAAUGAAGGGAAUGAACUUCCAUCACUUGUCUACAUCUCUAGAGAGAAAAGGCCUGCAUUUCAACAUCACACAAAAGCCGGUGCAAUGAACGCCCUGCUUCGCGUAUCGGCAGUGUUGAGCAAUGCUCCUUUUGUGCUCAACUUGGAUUGCAAUCAUUAUGUGAACAACAGCAGGGUUGUUAGAGAAGCCAUGUGUUUCUUUAUGGACAUACAACUUGGGAAUAGUAUAGCUUUUGUCCAGUUUCCUCUAAGAUUCGAUAGCCUUGAUAAGAAUGAUCGUUACGCUAACAAAAACACCAUUUUAUUUGAUAUUACCCUGAGGUGUCUAGAUGGAAUUCAAGGACCUGUUUAUAUUGGAUCAGGUUGUAUAUUCAGAAGAAAAGCUUUAAAUGGCUUUGAACCUCCUAAGACAACUAAGCGCUCUCAAGUCGUACAAGUUCACUCAAAACAAGAUGAAAAUGGAGAGGAUGCAAGCAUUAUAGAAGCAACUGAUGAAGAUAAGCAGCUAUUGCAAUCAGAUAUGAACACUGAAGAUAAAUUCGGAAAGUCUACACUCUUCAUGAAUUCUUCAUUAACAGAAGAAGGUGGUGUAGAUCCUUCUUCAACUCAAGAAGCGUUGCUUAAAGAAGCCAUUCAUGUCAUGAGUUGUAGCUACGAAGAUCGAACUCUGUGGGGAUACGAGGUUGGUAUGAGCUAUGGAUCUAUUGCAGCCGACACUCUAACAAGUUUGAAAAUGCAUACUCGCGGUUGGAGAUCGGUAUACUGCAUGCCAAAGAGAGCUGCAUUUAGAGGAACGGCACCAAUCAAUCUCACAGAAAGACUUAACCAAGUUCUUAGAUGGGCAGUAGGAUCACUCGAAAUCCUAUUCAGCCGCCACUGUCCGUUGUGGUACGGUUUUAAAGAAGGAAGACUCAAGGUUCUCCAGAGGAUUGCCUAUAUUAACAGCACUGUCUACCCUUUUAGUGCAUUACCUCUCAUUAUCUAUUGUAUCAUUCCCGCCGUCUGCUUACUUACAGAUAAAUUCAUCACACCGUCGGUAGGAACUUUUGCGAGCCUAGUAUUCAUUUCUCUAUUCAUCUCAAUCUUCGCAUCGGCUAUUCUUGAAUUGAGAUGGAGUGGAGUUACUCUUGAGGAAUGGUGGAGAAAUCAACAGUUUUGGGUCAUUGGAAGUGUAUCAGCGCACCUUUUUGCAAUCGCGCAGCGCCUAAUGGGAAGGUUUCUCGGAAAAGUUAAUGCGCAUUUCAGCAUUGUAUCGAAAGCACCAGACGACGACGGGCAGUUUAUCGAGUUGUACACGAUUAGAUGGACAGCAUUGCUGAUACCUCCAACAACAGUCACAAUAAUCAACCUUAUUGGCAUUGUGGCGGGUUUCACGGAUGCUAUAAAUAGUGGUGAACAUGAAUGGGGACCAUUGAUUGGGAAACUGUUCUUUUCUUCAUGGGUUAUUGCUCAUCUUUAUCCUUUUCUUAAAGGACUAAUGGGGAGACAGAAUAGGACACCAACUCUUAUUGUUAUUUGGUCUGUGCUUUUGGCUUCUAUAUUCUCUUUGGUUUGGGUGAGAAUUGAUCCUUUUGUGUUGAAAACUAAAGGGCCUGAUGUUAAACAGUGUGGAAUUAGUUGUUGA